AUGGACUGGCCAGUUGGUGUGAUCAUACCGAGAGGCAAUACUUCAUACGCUCAGACCAUCGCAUAUGAAACAAAUGCUGCAGCAUUAGAACUAGGACGAAUCACAGUCAACAAGCAACAUCUUCUGGAUGGCUUCACAUUCAAAUUUACGUUCAUGUCUGGAAAUUGCUCUGACAUUGUCGCCGGCGGAGUUGCGGCAGAGUUGAUUUUGAAGCAUAACGUGGCUGCCAUCAUUGGACCGGCAUGCAAUGAGGAAAUCAAAUCUGUGGCACCGCUCUCUACUUAUUACAAUGUUCCCACAUUUGCUUGGGGAUUGGCGACUUGCAGUUUGAGCGAAGAGGAAAGAUAUUCUUCCGUCUUAGCAGUUAGAAGUACAGGACAAGACUUUGCGGCAGCACUUAUGGAUAUCAUCAAAUAUUUUAAUUGGGAACAAUUUGCAACGAUAUAUUAUGGAGAUAAAUGUGCAGAUUUUCACGAGGAACUAGUGAUGAUUGAUGCCGUGUCGGACACUUUCAUUUCUCGAAGUAUAGCGCUGAGAAGUCAGUCAGCAGAUAGACUAGCCUCUGCUCUUUCUCGAGUGUCAGAAGUGGCAAGAAUAAUAGUGCUGUGCCUAACUGAUCCUGAUGCUGUUCGUCGAGCAAUGUUAGCAGCCUAUGACAAUAGGAUGCUUGGCGAUGAAUAUGUUUAUAUAAUUGUAGAUUCUCAAAGUGGAGGUUACGGUAUGUGGACAUGGUUUGUUGUUGUACCUACUUAA